CUCUCUCAAUUAAAUUUUUUUUUUGCCCCUUCCGACGUGUUGAUGGUGAAUAGAUCCAAAAGCAUCCGGGUGAUCAUUGAUGUUUGGGAUUUGGAGUUCGGUCCAAGAAUGGUUUCACUUGCAUCCCAACUCCCACACCAAAGUGACAAAUAUUUAACUAUUUAAAAACAACAAAAGAACAACACAAUAAAACAAAAAAAAACCUAUCCCACCAUUUCAUCGACACAGUUUUCUUCAUUUCAUCGACACAGUUUUCUUCUUUUUGUUGUUUAUUUAUUUUACUUUAUUUUUUUUUUAAUUAUUAUUAUUAUUUUUUUUUUUGUUCAUUUGGUGAAUCCUUUCGCGGAACUUUUGGGUGAUUGUUUUUUUUUCUGUUCCUUUCGGAUUUGUCUGUUGGGAAGAAAUAAAAACUAAACAAAAAAAAAAAACAAAGAAGGAAUCAUGAAGUGAUUGUGGAAUGUGGACUAUCUCUUACGAAGGUGAAUUAUAAAUUUAAAAAAAAAAGAAAGAAAAAGUUCAGUGAAGUGUUUUCCUGCUUAACAAAAAAAAAAUAAAUAAAAAUUAAAUAAAUUUGAACAAUUUGGAAGUGAAUAGUUGGAAAAGUUGGAAGGUUACAACAAAAAGGAAAUCCGUGGAAGGAUAAUUUUUGUGCAAUCAAUUGGGAUACUUAAAGAAAAAAACAAAAAAGAAGAAGAAGACCGAAGGAUCCACCGUCUCCAAGAAGUCUUCUUAAUUUUAGGGGCACAACCAUGGAGGCGAUAGAACGCGAAGGUGAAAAGAGUGACACAUUUGGUGAUCACUAUUUGAGUCCAACAAGUGAAUCACUGGAAAUGCCAGUUUUUCGUAAUCCCGAUCAGCAAAUCCAGACAAUUCCAAAGGAAUCAACAAUUCCCGAUCGAGGAACAUGGGCAUCAAAAUUGGAUUUUAUUCUAUCUGUUGUUGGUCUUGCCAUUGGUCUUGGCAAUGUCUGGCGCUUUCCCUAUUUAUGCUAUAAAAAUGGUGGUGGUGCCUUUCUUGUACCCUAUCUCCUAACCCUAAUUCUAGCUGGAAUACCAAUGUUCUUUAUGGAAUUGGCCCUUGGUCAAAUGCUAACAAUUGGUGGUUUGGGUGUAUUCAAAAUAGCACCUAUUUUCAAGGGUAUCGGUUAUGCUGCUGCUGUGAUGUCAUGCUGGAUGAAUGUCUACUACAUUGUCAUUCUAGCCUGGGCUAUUUUCUAUUUUUUCAUGAGUCUCCGGGCCGAUGUACCAUGGAGAACAUGCAAUAACUACUGGAAUACACCAAAUUGUGUCAAUCCCUAUGAACGAAAAGACUUACUAUGCUGGGAAAGGGUUAGUGCUCUAAAUGGUACAACAUCACGAAUAUGCGCCCUACCAACUGGCAAUGUAACAGCAUCAGCCCUUACGGAUCCCGUUAAGGAAUUCUGGGAACGACGUGCCCUACAGAUCUCAUCGGGAAUUGAAGAAAUUGGUCAUAUACGAUGGGAAUUGGCUGGUACCCUACUACUCGUCUGGAUACUCUGUUACUUCUGUAUUUGGAAGGGUGUUAGAUGGACGGGAAAAGUUGUCUAUUUUACAGCACUAUUCCCCUAUAUACUCCUAUCGGUACUCCUUAUUCGUGGCAUAACACUUCCAGGUGCCACUGAAGGCAUCAAAUUCUACAUUAUACCAAAUUUUACAAAAUUAUCAGAAUCAGAGGUAUGGAUUGAUGCAGUAACACAAAUUUUCUUCUCAUAUGGCCUUGGAUUGGGUACAUUGGUUGCCCUUGGAUCAUACAAUAAAUUCACAAAUAAUGUCUACAAGGAUGCUCUGAUAGUGUGCUCAGUGAAUUCGAGUACAUCAAUGUUUGCUGGAUUUGUAAUAUUUUCAGUGGUUGGUUUUAUGGCACACGAACAGCAACGUCCUGUAGCUGAAGUGGCAGCAUCUGGUCCUGGUUUGGCCUUCUUAGCCUACCCAUCAGCCGUCCUUCAGCUACCUGGUGCUCCAUUGUGGUCAUGCCUCUUCUUCUUUAUGCUCCUUCUAAUUGGUCUUGAUUCACAAUUUUGUACAAUGGAAGGAUUCAUAACGGCUGUCAUUGAUGAAUGGCCACAAUUGUUGAGGAGGCGUAAGGAGAUCUUUAUAGCCAUUGUAUGUGCCCUUAGCUACCUCGUGGGUCUCUCCUGUAUCUCACAGGGAGGUAUGUACGUGUUCCAAAUACUGGAUUCCUACGCUGUUUCUGGCUUCUGUCUCCUCUUUCUCAUUUUCUUCGAGUGCAUCUCGGUAUCGUGGGCAUUUGGUGUCAAUAGAUUCUACGACGGUAUUAAAGAUAUGAUUGGGUACUAUCCACUGGCCUGGUGGAAAUUCUGCUGGGCCAUUACAACGCCAUGCAUUUGCAUUGGUGUCUUCAUCUUCAAUCUUGUCCAAUGGACUCCAAUAAAGUACCUGGACUAUGAAUAUCCUUGGUGGUCUCAUGUUUUUGGCUGGUUCACCGCACUCUCGUCCAUGCUCUGCAUUCCCGGCUACAUGAUUUGGCUGUGGAUGAACACCGAAGGCAACCGGAGCACGAAAAUUCGACUGAUCGUACGAAUAGACGAUGAUGUCAAGACAUUGCGACAGAAGAUGCAGCAGGAAGCACAGAAGAAGCAUGGUAUCAUCUAAAAGAAAUUUUUUCCAUCAAAUAACAACAAAAAGUCGCUGCCAAAAACACCAAAUAACUCAGCCAUUUUCCCAUGAAAAUCUUCCAGAGUUCUCCAUGAACUUCCCUAAAAGACACUUACUCCUAAUAACCUUCCUUUCCUCCAUCAAAUUACCACCCCAAAAGGUGCAAAUUUUGGAUUUAUAAAAACAAAAAACAACAAAAAAAGAAAAAGACAAUUUUAAACUGAUUUGAUUUCAUUUUUAAUUGAUAGCAAUCACUCUCCCGUAUCGAUUGGAGAGAUAAAUUAAAUGAAAUAAAAAUAAAUUAAAAAAAAAAAAAAUAAAACCAAAUUGAG